UGAAAGAAUUUGUGCACUUACAGGGCUUUGCAAGAGAGCUGAACAGCUGGGAAAAAUAAAAACACCAUAAAAACUAACAUUAAACGCACUAAACACACAGCCUUUAAAACACAGAGGGCACACGUGCUUAGAUGAUUUUUGUGCCGCGGCUGGAGGUACUACAAAUAACGAUUAUAUCCACCCGUUUACGUCACUACUUUCGAAACAUGAACUGUUCAGAGCUGCUGCCGCCCGCCUCGGUGAGGGGGAUGCGGGAGCUCCAGCGUGCGGAGUUCCAAAAGCGUGUGCAAGUUCCCCAACUGCGAGUGCCCGAGCUGCAGGUGCAACGUGUAAUCCCUCUGGUCAAGAAAUUCAUGCUCAAAAUGGAGCACAUGCAUCCAGUGCGCGCUGUGGACAAGUCGCGGGAGAUACUACUGCACCCCAUGCCUAUAAAAGCCUGGGAAUCCCUUCCCACAGAAGAUCUUCAGAAGCAGCAGGUCACGCAGGAGAACUUCAGCUUUGUCGAACUUGAGUUGAACUACGAGAACUGGAGCGCCAACGAAAUCCUAAAGAGUGUGCUCCCAGAGGAGGAGGAGGGAAUGACAUCCUACUCGCGAAUCGGACACAUCGUGCAUCUGAACCUGCGCGACCACCUCCUGCCGUACAAGCAGCUCAUAGGGGAAGUGCUGCGCGACAAGCUUCCGAACUGCCGCACGGUAGUCAAUAAAGCGUCUUCCAUAGACAAUACGUACCGGAACUUCCAGCUGGAGCUGAUAUGCGGAGAAGCCGAGUACCAAGUGGAGACCAAGGAGAAUGGCAUUCCUUUCGAGUUUGAUUUCUCCAAGGUUUACUGGAACCCCCGCCUAUCUACCGAGCACGAGCGCAUUGUUAAACUGCUCCAGCCAGGAGACGUUCUCUACGAUGUGUUUGCCGGCGUGGGGCCGUUCAGCGUGCCGGCGGCGAAGAAGCGCUGCCAUGUCCUGGCUAACGAUCUGAACCCCGUCAGUUUCCACUGGCUGCAGCACAACGCGAAACGGAACAAGUGCCUUUCUAACAUCAAAAUGUCCAACAAAGAUGGAAGAGAGUUUAUUUUGGAGGAACUGCGGGCGGACCUGCUGCAACGACUGCGUUCGACGGACACAUCUUCGUAUGCCACUCACAUAACAAUGAAUCUCCCAGCCAUGGCUGUGGAAUUCCUGGAUGCGUUUCGCGGCCUCUACACAGACAACGAGCUGGCUGAUAUCUCCGAUGCUGUUGUCUUUCCCACUGUUCACGUAUAUUCGUUCGCCAAGGGCGAGAAUACCAAAGCAUUAGUGAGGGCGCAGGUGGAACAGAAUCUGGCUUCCGCACUGGACGAGAAACAGCUUCAGGGCAUUAGCUUUGUGCGUAAUGUAGCGCCAAAUAAAGACAUGUACAGGGUAUCCUUUAAACUUACGCGGCAUUUGCUAACCACGCCAAAGGAAGCCGAAGCCAAUAACGUACGCAAGCGGUGCGCGGAGGAUGAGAAAGUUGAGCCUGAGGUGGCGGCAACAAAAGUGAAAUGUGUUUAAGAGUUGUGUUUUUACAAUAAAGUUUCCUUUAAAAAAGCGAA